AAUUCCCCAUUCGACAGCCAAGGCUUUGAUCAAAGAUUAUGCUUUACAAUAUGCAUUUCGGGAAGGAUCAUUUUUAGAGCCUCGCUACACUAUUACAUACCACUUCAAUUCAUAAUAGGUACUGCAUAAUAAAGUGCCUAAGAUACCAGGUACACGGUCCGGCCAUGCACCACACCUUAUCAUAAAUUCCUCUGCAACGUAAGAGCGGGGGUGGAACUGACCGGCCUGCGGUCAUCAUUACCCCACAACAGAAGUGUAGCUCCCCUUGUCGUAUUCCGGGGCAAUGGCAGGAAGGAGAUGAUCGGCCUUGACGUUGGUUGGGACGAGACACACCAUCAUUGUUGGACCCUAAAAACUCAAUUGCUCUAGGCUGCACGCGACGUUACUCUGCGUUGAAUUACUACCCAGCGAGUGCCAUUGAUAACAGCUCAUCGUCAAGAUAUUGUUUCAUUGAGUCCGCCUCCUUCUUACCAUCAAACUUGCGCGCGCUCUGAGAAAGGUCUCAGUCGGGUAGGCGCAGGAGCUGGUCCUGUCGUGCCGGCUCGGGCAUACGUCAACCUCCGGGCUUGCCGCCUCGUCAAGUCUCGUUGUCCCAGUCGACAUCAUGUUUGUCUUACCACCACCGCCGCGCUACCCAACCCAAGCCGCGUACAAUGCGGCCCUUGCGGGAGGGCAUGUCGCGCCAAUGAUAGAGACCAACAACAUUCUCUCCACUCCCUCGGGGCCCGAAUACCAGUUCCUUGUCGGCGAGGGUCUCUACGUCCUCAAGGAAGAUCUUCAUCUUGCAACACCCCCGCCGCAUCCUUCCGAAGCCCCGAUAACGAACCCGAACCCGCUUUCGACAGCACCUCAGCCCGCAACUGCCGGCACCAAGGCGUCUCUCCUGAGUCUUGACACACGAUCAGGACCACCAGUCUUUACAAAGUCCGGCUCAACGACGAGCCUACCAUCCUCGGGCGGCGACCCUCGGUUCAGCUCACAGGAGCUCAAUGAGAGCGGGAACGAGAACUCGACUGACGCGGGGAUCAGCAGCGAUGGUCGUGGCAACUCUACUGAGCUGGCACAGUCGGCCCCUGCCUUUGGGCAAGGAAACAUUUCGUUAGCAAAGCCUCAGACCAAGAGUGGACGUCGGAGGCAGCCAGGCAACAACAUCACCAAGAGCAACUCGUCCUUUAUAUCACGCGUUAUCGUCCACGAAACUCUCACCAAGAGAUUGCAAGAGCGGGCUUCUGACGGCCUCUUUGCCUUUGCGAACAUAAACCGGGCAUUUCAAUGGCUAGAUCUUUCAUCGCCGAACAAGGCCGACUACUUGACCAAAAUCUUGUUCACAAAGGCUCAUUGCUUGUGUCAUGACGUGAACAAGGUUACUAGGAGCACAUCCCAUAUAGAUGUCAUCAUGGGCUUCUCUACCGGAGAAGUUAUUUGGUGGGAGCCGAUAUCUCAAAGAUAUCUGAGACUUAAUAAAAAUGGCAUCACAAACAAAACUCCCAUAUCCGAAAUUCGUUGGAUCCCGGGAUCAGAGAACCUUUUCAUGGCGGCUCACAUGGACGGCACGCUAGUCGUUUAUGACAAAGAAAAGGAAGAUGCGGCCUUCUCGGUCGAGGACGAGGAGACUAUUAAUGGCAAGGAGAACGGCGAAUCGGGAGCGGCUGCUGGAGUUUCAGGCGAGAAGCCCCGAGUUAACUUCAACUUCAGGACACAACUGCAGGUCGUAAAGUCGGUCACUUCCAAGAACCAGAAGACGAACCCUGUUUCUAUUUGGAAGUUGAGCAACCAACGCAUCAACGCUUUUGCCUUUUCCCCCGACAACCGGCACCUAGCCGUUGUGCAAGAGAAUGGCGAGCUUCGGAUUAUUGACUAUCUAAAAGAGCAACUCCUCAACAUAUUUCGUUCGUAUUACGGCGGUCUCAUUAGCGUCUGCUGGUCGCCCGACGGCAAAUAUGUCCUCACCGGGGGUCAGGACGACUUGGUAUCCAUUUGGUACCCCGCCGAGGCAUUGCUCGUUGCUCGAUGCCAAGGUCACAAAUCUUGGGUGACUUCGGUAGCCUUUGAUCCUUGGAGAUGCGACGACAAGAAUUACCGAUUUGGCAGCGUCGCCGAAGACUGCCGGCUUUGUCUCUGGGACUUCAACGUCGGGAUGCUGCAUCGGCCCAAAGCUACGCCAUCGAUCCACCAGCCGCCUUUACAACGUGCCGAAACCCAAAACACGUCAUCAACAAGGGUUCGCUCUCAAUCUACUGCAUCUAGCCAAGGAGCUGAGCUGUCUCUGCUGCAGUCCGUUCAACCUCAGGCGGCAACAGCGCAACUACCGCCCGUCUGUUCGAUCAAGAUCGAUAAAGAUCCCUUGUGCUGGCUUGAGUUCACAGAGGACGCGAUAAUGACUAGCUGUAAGAGUGGUCACAUUCGGACAUGGAGUCGCCCGACAGAUGCAGUUGCUCAGGUCGCGGAUAAUUUGGAGAGUUUAUCGACAUGAGCAGAUAUGACUUCCUUGGAUUAGUGGAUGAUUUAUAUUCUUUUUGUUUCGACCAGUUCGCCUAAUCUGCGUCAGAAUCAGUAAAUACGUCGUUUGAGUAAAUAUUAGCUGCGAUAUGUCGAUGUUACCACGGUUCUUAACUCAAAGUUCACGAAGCAUAUAAAUGGAAUUACUAGAAUAGGGGUAUCGUUCAAGAGGGUUGCACAAGUAGAAUGUAAGUUACCGAAAGGGG